GGGAGGGACUUCAUGCACCUGACUCCUUCUUUUUCAGUUGGAGUUUAACCUUUGCCACAUCCUAAGAAGAGCUUCUGGCUCAGACAGACGGAGGGCUCUAAGAGGAGCAAAGAGAAUUAAGGGGAAGGAAUCCAAGUCGCUCACCACAGCGUCUCUUGCAGCCAUGACCAGCCUGGACAGCAUGGAGCUACUGGACCUCCUCUUUGACCGUCAGGAUGGUGUCCUUCGAAACGUGGAACUUGGCUCUUCUGUGGCGCCUUGGAUGGGACCAGACGAAAAUACCUUGCUGAAUGCUCAGGAGAAUGCCGACUUCAUCCGUUCAAUCCUGGGACCUCCAGAUGCUGUCCUCGAUUCCCCAAGCUGGUCUCCGUCGGCUAGUGAUAGUGGACUAUCCGAGGACCCCAGUUCUGACCAGCUGGACAGUCCUCCACAUUUUGUCCCCACGGGAAGUCCCAGGGCUUAUUCGGAUGGCAGCUCCCAAGGGGACCUGGCUUACACCCCUUACCAGGAUGCCUCCUACCAAGCCAUGCCAGGCCUGAAAGCCCCAGCUGCUGAACCGAGAGAGACAGAAGUGUCAAUUGAAUUCAAUAUGUGGGAUGCAGGGUUUUAUCCAGAGGAAAGGCAAGAGCAAGCCACAUCCAUCCUGAAUUCGCCUUCCUGCACUCUGACCAUCAAAGACCUCCUUCUGUCAAACAACGGUGAACUGCAUCCUCAGGCUCUGAACCCAUGUGCAAUGAGGCAAAGUGGCCCUGGGUUGUCCCAAGAACUGGUGCUGACUGAGGACGAGAAGAAGCUGUUAGCCAAGGAAGGGGUCGCACUACCCACCCAGCUUCCCCUCACCAAGUAUGAGGAGAGGAUACUGAAGAAGAUUCGCCGGAAGAUCAGGAACAAGCAGUCUGCACAGGAAAGUCGGAAGAAGAAGAAAGAAUAUAUCGACGGACUAGAGAGCCGGAUGUCUGCCUGCACAGCUCAGAACCAGGAACUUCAAAGGAAAGUGGUUCACCUGGAGAAGCAGAACCUGUCCCUCCUACAGCAGCUAAAGAAGCUUCAAGCAUUGGUGAUGCAUUCCAGCAGCAAAGCAGCUCAGACAAGCACAUGCAUUGCGGUCUUGUUGCUUUCUUUCACCCUGAUUAUCUUUCCAUCCUUCAGUACUUUUUCCCACAAGAAAGCUGAGACUGGAGGUGACUUUGUACCUGUGAGAGUUUUCUCCAGGUCACUCCACGAUGAUGCCUCUUCCAGGAUUGCCGUGUCCCUGACCAGGGAUCCUGCUACUGACCAAGCAGCUAAACAGCCAGAGAAACCCCUCUGGACUGAAUAUGCACAAGAUGCCCACACUGGCAAGGAGCGAAGCCCACUCUUCUCACAGCUGCAAAAGACUGGAGAGAUGGCUCUGAGCAACACCAACAGCACAACUGAGGCCAGUUUCCCCGAGGAGACGCACGUGGACUUUGAGGGUCUUGCCGUAGGGCACAGCGUGGCAUCAGUGGCAUGGACGGAGCCCCACCAGCCUGGCAAGGUUAUUCUGGAACCAGCAGAAGAGCUGUGACCUUCUCCUCUUGCUGCCUUCUCCCAUCUCUCCUGGGCAAUGUGUUGAGGACUUAACCGAGGUAGUAAUGGGAGUGUGUGUGUGUGUAUUUGCAGAGCAAAACAGCUUCACUCCCAUCCAACAGAGAGGGAAAGGCAUGGGUUUACUUGACUGAGUGAGGCUUUGAACCCUGACCUCCCAGAGUCCUAGCCCAGCACUCAAGCCACUACAACACACUGAUCCUCUUUUCCAAGUUAUUUCCAACUUCUGACAACCCUUUCCCAGGGUUUUCUUGGCAAGAUUUAUUAACCAGGGGAGGAUACAUGGCCUUCCUCAAAGGCUGAGAGAGCAGGACUUGCUCAAGGUCUUGCAGGGAGAGUCUAGUGCUGAGCAGGGAUUUGAACCUUUGUCUCCCUAAGCCCUGGUCCAACACUCAAAGAACUACACCAUGUUGGUGCUGUGUCCAUAUUUACAAAAAUAAAAAACACCCAAAGGUCCCAUGAGUGUGAAGGGCUCCCCAGAGGCCCUUGAGUCCAACCUCGCUGCUCAGCUCAGUGCAAGAUUGCCAGCUAGAGCGUCCCCAACAGGGAGCUGCCCAGCCUCUGUUUGAAGCCAUCCAGAGAGGUAGACCUUUCCACAAUUAGACCUGUAUUUUCUAAAACACUACAGGGGAGAAAAGGAACCUUUUAUCCCCUCCAGGUCCAUGCAUUCUAACUGUAUAUUUGUCAUGGUGCCCACAGAAGAGUCUUACUGAGCCUUGCCACAACUGAUUGCACCAAAAUGAAACCUUCUCUGGUGCAAACUUCAAAGAAAUCCUGAGGGAUCUUUAUCCCUCUUUCCCUCAUAUUUCGCCAGCAUCCAAAGUUGGUUCCACUUUCUCCUAUCAAAAUGCCAAAGGCGCUGGAGUUUCGGCAUAUGACCCAAAGGCUGAGAAAAAUGUCACAACCCAUCUCAAGAAGUCCCUCUGAACAUCCACACCUUGGCACUUUAUUUUAAAGAGACCACUGUAGUUUGCAGAAAGAAACCCCCAUCCACUUACCCUGCCAAGAAAGCACUAGCUUUCUGCAGGCUUGAUGGCAUCUUCUUUAAUGCCCUAGGACUUCUUGUUUGAAUUAGAUUCUUUCCACUCUUCCCGCCCUCUGCAACAAACCUAGGCUUCGUAGGUAAAACCAUUUGCUUAUCCUAAGGGACAAAGAAGGGAGUCUCUGUUUCCACAUCACCUAACACUAGGCGGAAAAGGCUGCACUUCACAGACUGGGAACAUAGGUCCAUGAAUGGGACUGUUGGGACUUCCUGUAUUGAAUAAAAUAAUCCAGGACAUAAAUGAGGUCUGUAAAUACCGAGGACUGCUUCAUUUGGGGUGGGAGGCACUUUGCUCUACAUCAGGGACAUUGGGGCUAUAGAUGAUGCAACUAAUUUUUGUAAAAAGCUGCUUUCCAAGAAUGGCAAAGCUUUGGGAUCUCUGCUGUGGGGGCUGCUGAUGUCACCUAGAAUUAGCGGCAAGUAUCUUGAUAUGAUGGGCGCAGGGUAGAAGGGGAUCGGUACAUGUGAGUACCGUGUGCGCGUCCCCGCACUAUAUAGAAAGAAAAUACAUGUACUUAACCCUUUUAAGUAUUUUGCAUGUAAAUAGAAACUAAUGAUCCAAGCUGGAAAAAAUGAAGUGUUAAAUGCACAAGAAA